AUGUUUGAUUGUACGGGCGACUUCGAUAUGACCAUAAUGGAUCAGGGGAAGGGUAAGAAACAUCGAAAUAGAGAGAAACGCAGUAAUGUCGAGGAUCAAGCCAGGAAGCAGAAGAAGAAAAGGAACAGGGAUGUUCGCGAGGAAAAUUCUAUCGUGGGGUUUCAUGGCUCAGUAGUGGAGAUCGAUUCCGAGAACCAGGAUGCUCCAAUCAUGGUUAGCGACGAGGUAGGGGAGGAUGGGGCAAGAGUCAGAAGACUGAGGUUCUUCACUCUCGAUCAAACUUCUCAUGAGCUGGUCAGCGAUCACAUACAAACUGAAAUGGCGCUUACUGCGGAGGGGACCCCGGAUCCCACUAGGCUCAUGCUGCAGUAUCAUCGAGUGAUGUAUGAUGCGAUGUGCCGCCUUCCCACUGUGGUGAAGAAAGUUUGCGUCCUUGGUCAUGGAGCGGGGGCCCUUUCAUCGUUCUUGAGCACAUUGUUGAGGUUCGAGAUAUGUGCUGUGGACUCCAACCCUGCGGUGCUGCGGCUCGGGAGGAAGCACUUCAACGACAGGGUGACAGCACAGCAUGAUGACGGAAGCAGCUUCUUGCGCAGGAGUGUCGGAUCCUUCGAUGUGGUUCUUGUGGAUCUGAACGCUCCGAGCAACGAGGCCUUGGAUGCUCCUCCAAGAGAGUUCUGCACGCAUGACUUUGUUGAUCUCGUUGCUCGAGUUACUGGGAACUUAAUCAUGAAUGUACUGGGUGGUAGUGAACAGGCAAGAUCGGAUGUAAAGGCCGCAUACUCCCGCAAGUUCUCGACGCGCUGGGUACAUCCUGAUGGCUGCAACAACUACAUCCUAGUUGCAACGCAGCAGACGACAUGA